UAACUGAACGGGUUGUAAACUAGAAAUGGUUAUCACAACCUUGAUCAAAUCCCGAGUUACGCAAAUAACUUGUCUCUUGAUCUUGUUCAUUCACUUUCUAGCUCUUACCGCGUCAACAUCAAACCGACUAUUAAAGAGUUUAAAUUCGUUCUCCCUUUUUUUAUUUACUUCAAUCGUAUUAAGUUUCUCAGUUAAUCAAACGUUAUUUUAAAUCAUGUGCAAAAAGACGGACUUGAAAGAAAAGGCCAAAACUAAAUAUCAACUAUUGGUUGAUGAAGCCUCUUACCUACCAGCUGUUUGUGACACAUUUGACCCAACCAAACCACCAGAUUGGUACGACAAGGAUAAGCUCGCCCAAUCUCAACAAACAUGUAUGAAAUACUUUUACAGCUCAUUCGUUUCCAUUUUGAUGGGAAAUCUUUUGGCAUUCCAAGGUUCAUCAUUUUUAAAGCCGGUGUUGACCACUGGAAACCAUGAAACCAUUGCUAAAAUUUAUCGCCGUUAUUUAGCAACAGCUGUUCAUAUGCAAAAAUGGUUUACGAGCGAUCCUUUUGUACCAGACAGUCCAGCCUACAAGUCAUUCAGCCAAGUCCGCCAAAUGCACAUAAAACUGUGCCUUUCAAUGAAUAAACAGAUGGAAAAGGAAGUUGGUGUCCAUAAACUUCACAGUUCCCUUUAUGAUAUAAUCUUGUCUGAAUUUCCUUUUGUUGGACUCUUCGUUAAUUAUCCAGAAGCUUGUGGAGCUCAUGGUAUUACUCGAGAAGAAUUGGAACAAGUAUUGUACACUUGGAGAGUCUUUGGGUAUGCUCUUGGAGUUGAUGACAAGUACAACGUUUGUGAUGGAUCAUUGGAAGAUUUUCGAGAAUUGUACAAACAAUUUGAGGAACAAUAUUUCGUUCCAAUUCUUUCUAAAGUUCCAGAUGGUCUACCAAUUGGCUGGGCAGUAUCAAAAGGCUAUAUAACUGCUCUUAAAGAGAUUAAUGCUUCAUUGAACUUUAAUGUAUCUGUUCACUUCUGGUUUGACAUUAUUGGAGUUCCAGUUUCCAUUCCUUUGAAUUUUUAUGAAUGGAUACUUCUUAAAAUCAACAAUUUUGUCACAUAUUAUAUGUUACGCUCGAGAUUUUUUUACACCUUGGUAAAUAAAUUUGUCAUGGCACAGACUGAAAAGCACAAGAAACGCAGGGAAAUAGUCACUCGUGAUCUGGAAAGACGGUAUAAUGAUAUUAAAUUUGAACCUGAUUGCCCUAGGAAUGAAGAUCCAGACUAUCCAUCGGACCUUGACUGAUUUCGAAGCCGAAUAGCAAUUUGUUAUAAAACAUGAUAAUGUCGUCGACAUGUAAAUUCAUCAAUUGUUUAUUAUAAACUAUCCAAUCUGCCAUCUAUUUCAUAAGCUUCGAGUUUUAAUUUUUAUUAUUUAGUAAAGUGAAAUUGGCAAAUUGAUUUUUUUAUUUAACCUGUUAUACCGUAAUUAUCAUUAUUAAAUUUUCAAUUUUCAA